AUGUCCUCUCGGCUCGGCCCGUGGCUGCUGUCGUACGAAGACUGGCACGACAUGCUUCCUUGCCCUGAGCUUCCGCCUCGCUUCGUCGCGCUUCCGCUAGACGACGCGAGCAAACUCAUCGAGGACAUCUUUGCCCAUGUCUGGGCGUAUGAUCCGCAGAUGCGCGCGUGCAUCCGUGAGUGCGGCCGGCGGACAUUAGCGGCCGAGCAGUACUGGCAUGCCAGAGCCGCCGUCGCCUGGCGCGGCUGGCCGUCGCACAUCGUGCCGAGCACGCUCGAGCACGUGUGCAACACAGCCGGCCAGGAGUGCCCUGAGUGCGGCAUUUGGGUACUGUGGGAUUGUGACGACGGGCAGGUCGACCGCCUCACACUCGCGGCUUUCACCCACGACUUCCUUGUGCUACUGGACUACAGCGCCUUCUUCCAUCGUCCACCGCUCGGAGAGCUCGACGUCAACACCGUGUCUGCGCUCGGAGAGCGUCAGCGCAUAGCGCCCUUGCCGCCGGCCGAGGGCGCCGAGAACGUGCCGCCUGCUCGUCGUCGCCGCACGGAGUAG